GCCGGUGGGACGCGAGGGCUGCGGGCUGCGGCCCCGACGUGGAUGCGCGGCGAUGCGGCGGGCGCCGAACUCAGCGCUGCGGGCGGCGCUGCCGCUGCUGGGCGCCGCCGUGUGGCUGUGCGCAGGGCUGCAGUGCGUGUGCCAGCUGUGCGAGCACACCAACUUCACCUGCCAGACAGAAGGAGCGUGCUGGGCCUCGGUCAUGCUGACCAACGGCAAGGAGGAGGUGAUCAAAUCCUGUGUGUCCCUCCCGGAGCUCAAUGCCCAGGUCUUCUGCCACAGCUCCAAGAACAUCACCAAGACCGAGUGCUGCUACACCGACUUCUGCAAUAACAUCACCCUCCGCCUGCCCAUAGCCUCCGAGUCCCCCAGUCGUGCUGCCGUGGGUCCCGUGGUGCUGGCAGUGGCGGUGGCCGUGCCCAUCUGUGUCCUGUCCCUGGCGGCAGUGCUGGCUGCCUGUACCUGCCAGGGCCGGCGCUGUGCCCGCAGCAGGAUGAAGCCGCCCAAUGUGGAGGAGCCACUCUCUGAGUGCAACCUGGUCAGCUCGGGAAAGACACUCAAGGACCUCAUUUAUGACAUGACGACGUCUGGCUCCGGCUCUGGCUUACCUCUGCUCGUACAGAGAACCAUCGCCAGGACCAUCGUUCUGCAGGAGAUCGUAGGGAAGGGCCGCUUUGGAGAAGUGUGGCGUGGGAAAUGGCGCGGGGAGGACGUGGCUGUGAAGAUCUUCUCCUCGAGAGACGAGCGUUCCUGGUUCAGGGAGGCAGAAAUCUACCAGACUGUGAUGCUGCGCCAUGAGAACAUCCUGGGCUUCAUCGCUGCAGACAACAAAGACAAUGGGACCUGGACUCAGCUGUGGCUCGUCUCUGAGUACCACGAGCAGGGCUCCCUGUUUGACUACCUGAACAGGGGCACGGUGACGGCGGAGGGCAUGGUGAGGCUGGCACUGUCCAUUGCCAGCGGCUUGGCACACCUACACAUGGAGAUUGUGGGCACGCAGGGCAAACCGGCGAUUGCUCACAGGGACCUGAAAUCCAAGAACAUCCUGGUGAAGAAGAACGAGAGCUGUGCCAUCGCAGACCUGGGGCUGGCAGUGAAGCACGACUCUGUGCUCAACACCAUCGAUAUCCCCCAGAACCCGCGGGUGGGGACAAGGAGGUACAUGGCUCCUGAGAUACUGGAUGACACGAUGAACACCAGCAUCUUUGAGUCUUUCAAACGUGCGGACAUCUACUCUCUUGGUCUGGUGUACUGGGAGAUAGCACGGAGGUGUUGUGCUGGAGGGAUCACUGAGGAGUACCAGCUGCCUUACUAUGACGUUGUGCCUUCUGAUCCCUCGAUAGAAGAUAUGAGAAGGGUAGUUUGUGAGCAGAAACUCCGACCAAAUAUUCCAAACCAGUGGCAAAGCUGUGAGGCACUACGGGUGAUGGGACGGAUCAUGCGGGAGUGCUGGUACGCCAAUGGGGCUGCACGGCUCACUGCUCUGCGCAUCAAGAAGACCAUUUCACAGCUCUGUGUGCAGGAAGACUCCAAAAUCUAAUGGCUCCAGGCAGGAGGAGGGCACUGCGUCCUGCUGUCCAUCUGUUGAUGUGUGAUAUUAUUCUUCUUGUUGGUCUACCUCAUCUGACACAGGCCGGUAUUUAAGUGCCCGGAACAGAGCGCUGCCUUCUGGCUUCACAGCUGGCCACUGGAAGGGGCUCAUUUGGACCCACAGCUCUUGCUCUGUACAGCAAGCUGCUGGUUGGGCUGCAUGAGGAAGAUGGGAUGCUAGGCAGAAAGGAGCUUUAAACACGUUGGUGUAAAUGUA